AUGGGCCAGCAUGAUCCCUUCAAGACUUGGGGUGAUGACCUUUGGUCCAAGCUGGACGACUUGGACGGCUCUGACUGGUGGCAAGAAUCCCCCGAAGAACAACAAGAGUUCGCAAAGCGCAUUCGCAGCAUCGAGGGCGCCUCAGCUGGGCCCGGCGCUCGACAGCACACGACAGAAACUGACGUUCUCAAUGUUUCUUUUCAAAUGAGCGCAAGCAACGAUCAUGCACCUGCUCUACCUCACGACCAGAGGAGUUCUUCGCACUCCUUACCCUCUGUGUCAACGAAAUUGCCAGGCAACGUGCCAGCAACGCCCAGUGACGGGCGAUCCCUCAAAGGACCUAACACCCCUGUCGUUGACACGCCCCCUGUACCCAAGUCUCUUCCUAGACCUCAACCCCCCCUUGGUACCUCUGCAUCUACACCAACGGUCUCUACUCGACCCCCAACUGCCUUCGAUACCCCUGACAAUGUUCCAACCCCAACGCAGACUCCGUCCGGCUUAUCGGUGGGAAGGGGAAGGCGUGAUGAUCCUGCUAGUCCCGCUCCCCUAGGCGAUGACUCGACGCUGAAGAAAGUGGCGUAUACCAAGCUCACCAACCAGUUCAAUGAGUUCAACAUGAAGAUCAUCGCCGCGGCGAACCGGGUGGGCCAGGGACCGACGAGAGGAGGUAGAGGAAAGGGUCUUGGACGACCCAUUGGACUCAGGAGCACUCGAGCGACACCGCGUUCAGAGGUCUUCAAGGGAUUGCGCUUUUGCAUGCCUCCAGAGGGGCCUCAAUGCGGAACCAAGCAUGGUUCCAGGUGGAGUAAGUACGGUGGAUCCGUCGUCAUCCAGCCCGAUACAGCAGUAACCCAUGUUAUAUGGGACCACGGAAGUUCAGCGUCAAAUCUCGCCAAGAAACUUGGGCUGCAGACCUUGUCAGAACUUCCGGAAGGCACCGUCUGCGUCAAGUGGAGUUGGGUGGUGCAGUGCCAAUUGACCGUUCUCGAUGUGACGCCAUACCUGACGUUCCCGCCCACUACGCUUUCUAAGCAGCCCGCCGGGAAGGGAACUCGAAGCAGGAUGUCGGACAUCACCCAGCAGCUCACAGGCUCCACUAAGGGUGGAAAGAGGAAGUACGACUCAUCUGAUACAGAGACUGAGUCGUCAGAGCCGUUAACGAGACACAUCAAGCGUAGCUACAAUGCUUAUCAAUCAUGGGCGCACGCGACGAAAUCGGUUCCUAGGAUGACCGCACCGAAUGCCUCAACCUCUGCUGCACCAAUUCUCCCCCAGCCGCAGACUCCCAUCGCCAGCGCAAACCGGAGCGACCAAGCGCCCUUAGCCACGAGUCAUGAGGUUGCAGCAGGGCCUGGGUGGGUGCAGCCGGCGAGCGGUGAAGAGGACGCGUUGGACCGCCUCAUAACUGGCAUCAAAACUGGGGAAGUCAAGGAAGCUGAGGCAGGGGCCACACCUGGCAAGAAUGAGUUCUCAAUCCUUCAGUACUCUCGAGGUCAUCCAGAGCAAAUCAAGAGCGGCAGCCAGAUUCGUCAUUUGCGGUUUGUGGGCGAGUCUAUGGCGAAGCGCGUACGUCUCAUGGUCUCAAUCAGGCUGAUGCGACAGAUCGAUGAAAUCCUGACAGGAGCCAAAGGUCGGCUCUACUUCGAAGACACGGACCAAGCCCGAACCAUUGCCAAAUUUCAGAAUGUUUACGGUGUCGGUAGCAGGUGUGCCCACGAGCUUUACAGUCGUGGCGCGCGCUCCAUCGAGGAUUUGGCUACCAAGGACUUUGGCCUAACAGUUGGCCAGAAGAUAGGCGUCAAGUUGUAUGAUGAUCUCUGUGCUCGUAUCCCAAGGGAAGAGUGCCGCCAGUUGUUUGAGAUCGUUCGUGACCAAACGCUGUCCUUCGACGACAAGGUCUUUGUCGAGAUCAUGGGGUCAUACCGACGCGGCGAAGCAAACUCUGGUGACAUCGACAUUCUCAUCACGCGCGACCCCUCCGAUGGCAAGACGCAUCAGGGGCUUAUCGGCAAAGUCGUCGAGGCGCUGACCAAAAAGGAGUUCAUCACGCAUGCACUCGGCGCGCCAAACGACUGGCAAGACCUCGAGUGCACGUGGAUGGGGGUGUGCCGACUCCCGAAUGGUGUUCAUCGGCGCAUCGACAUUCUCUCCAUCCCUUGGGAGCAGAAAGGUGCCGCGCUGCUGUACUUUACCGGCAAUGCCAUCCAUGCGUCUUUACGCGCGCAAACGAGGCUUCUCGCUCAAUCAACGCGGGCUGUACCGGAACGUCAUCCGGAACAGGCAAUUAGAGAAGGUUACGGAGGGCGAGAUCGUUGCGUCGCGUACGGAGGAGGAGAUCUUCGACAUACUCGAGAUCAGAUGGCGUCCUCCACAUUUGCGGCGCCCGUGAACUCCAGCCAAGGUUGCACGGCCGCGCAGCCCAUCCUCCAAGUUGUGAACUUACACUUUCACCUGUAUCGAUAG